UGUCUGAGGCGCUUGUACCCCAGAUUCGACGCUUCCGGGGUGGGUGCAGUGUCAGCGGCACUCCGUUGCAUGUGAUUGCCCAUCCCCGAGCGGCCCACGUCUUCCCAGUUUCCCUACUGUAAACCUUUAUUGAACUUCCUUCGUCCUCUCAACGCUACCUGUAUUCCAUCCCGAUACACAUUCAUCGCUUUUCUUUCUUUCCUUUCAUCUCAGUCUCGAGGAUAUACCCAGUACAGUUUGCUACCAUGUCCAAGACAUUUACUCAGAGCGACGUUGCGUCGCAUAAUAAGGCCGACUCCCUCUGGAUCAUUGUCGACGGUGACGUCUACGAUCUCACCAAAUUUCAAGACGACCACCCAGGCGGCAAGAAGAUUCUCCAGCGGGUGGCAGGCAAGGAUGCAUCCAAGCAGUUUUGGAAAUACCACAACGAGGGUAUCCUCAAGAAAUACCAGAAGCAGUUACAGAUUGGCUCGUUAGACAGCAAGCCAAAGUCCGCCGCUCCGCCAGCGCCGACACCUGCCCCGAAGAAGGAGGCUCCCAAGCCAGAGGCCGCGGCGGCGGCCCCUACCGAGACAGCCGAGCCCCUCGAGCCAUUCGGCCAGCAAAUUCCUUUUGCCGACCCCAGCUGGUACCAGAGUUACCACUCCCCGUACUUCAACGAGACCCAUGCUGCCCUGCGCGCCGAGAUACGGGAAUGGAUUGAGACCGAAAUCGAGCCCAACGUCACCGAGUGGGACGAGAAGAAGCAGGUUCCUCCCGAAAUCUACAAGGAAAUGGGCCGUCGCGGGUAUCUAGCUGGUCUGCUGGGCACGAAGUACCAGAAGGACCAUACCAACAACGUCGUCAAAUCCGUCCCGCCUGAAAAGUGGGAUCUCUUCCACGAGAUGCUGAUCACGGACGAGCUCAGCCGCACCGGCUCGGGCGGUUUCGUCUGGAACGUUAUCGGUGGUUUCGGCAUUGGCUGCCCACCGCUCGUCAAGUUCGGCAAGAAGUCGCUCGUCGACCGCAUCCUUCCGAGCAUCCUCAACGGCGACAAGCGCAUCUGCCUGGCCAUCACGGAGCCCGACGCCGGCAGUGACGUAGCCAACCUGACCUGCGAGGCCAAGCUGAGCGAGGACGGCAAGCACUACAUUGUCAACGGCGAGAAGAAGUGGAUCACAAACGGCAUCUGGUGCGACUACUUCACCACGGCCGUGCGGACCGGCGGGCCCGGGAUGAACGGCGUAUCACUGCUGCUUAUCGAGCGCGACUUUGGCGGCGUCUCGACGCGCCGCAUGGACUGCCAGGGCGUGUGGUCGAGCGGGACCACGUACAUCACGUUUGAGGACGUCAAGGUGCCCGUCGAGAACCUGAUCGGCAAGGAGAACCAGGGGUUCCGGGUCAUCAUGACCAACUUCAAUCACGAGCGCAUCGGCAUCAUCAUCCAGUGCUUGCGCUUCUCGCGUGUGUGCUACGAGGAGUCGGUCAAGUACGCCAACAAGCGCAAGACUUUCGGCAAGAAGCUCAUCGACCAUCCCGUCAUCCGCCUCAAGCUGGCCCACAUGGCCCGCCAGAUCGAGGCCAGCUACAACUGGCUCGAGAAUCUUAUCUACCAGUGCCAGAAGAUGGGCGAGACCGAGGCCAUGCUGCGCCUGGGCGGGCCCAUUGCGGGUCUGAAGGCCCAGGCCACGGUGACGUUUGAGUUUUGCGCCCGCGAGGCCUCGCAGAUCUUUGGCGGCCUGUCGUACUCGCGCGGCGGCCAGGGCGGAAAAGUAGAACGCCUCUACCGCGACGUCCGCGCCUACGCCAUCCCCGGUGGCAGCGAGGAGAUUAUGCUUGACCUUAGCAUCAGGCAGAGCAUGAGGGUGGCUAAGGCGCUGGGUAUGAAGCUGUAAUCUAUGUUUUCUUUUCUAGGUGUGUCGGGGCUUGAGGCUAGGUUGUAAGACAAGACAAGAUAGGGAAGUUGGGCUUCUAGGAUAUGGCGAGGAGACGAAUGUUGUAUAUCCGAUUUCCUAACUGGGUGGCGUUCAUCUUCAAUCUUUGUCUUUGAUAGGUGCUUGUUGGCAGCCUUUCGUGUGCAACUUUUAUUCUGUAUGAAGAACGUUAGCUAUCCUUUAGGAAUAGCAUCGUCGAUCAGACGGACCGGCGCAGCGAAUAAGCGAUGUAGUAUGCCCAAGAUGC